UGCAGACUGGUCCCGUCGAGGGGUCCUGAACACACACACACACACGUGUUAGCAUGGCGGACCUCCAGACGAAGCUCCUCCGGAAGAAAAUCCAGAAACGAAAUGAGAAGAACAAAGAGCGUAAACUGCUCCAGAAGCGACCCGAGGAAGAAGAGGAGACCGUGAAGUCAACCGGGCCGGUGGAGGAAGAGGAGGAGGAAGAGGAGGAUGGCUGUAAGACAGACAACAAGCCCAAGAGAACAGAGAGGAAGAAGCAGCCCGAGGAGGGGACCACGACAGAAGAAACUCCUCUGAAGAAGAAGUCAAAGAAGAAAAGAAAGCUCGCUGACACAUCUGGAUCACCAGGUAACAUCUGGAGGAUCCAGGUAACAUCUGGAUCACCAGGUAACAUCUGGAGGAUCCAGGUAAUAUCUGGAUCACCAGGUAACAUCUGGAGGAUCCAGGUAAUAUCUGGAUCACCAGGUAACAUCUGGAGGAUCCAGGUAACAUCUGGAUCUCCAGGUAACAUCUGGAGGAUCCAGGUAAUAUCUGGAUCACCAGGUAACAUCUGGAGGAUCCAGGUAACAUCUGGAUCACCAGGUAACAUCUGGAGGAUCCAGGUAACAUCUGGAUCACCAGGUAACAUCUGGAGGAUCCAGGUAACAUCUGGAUCACCAGGUAAUAUCUGGAGGAUCCAGGUAAUAUCUGGAUCUCCAGGUAACAUCUGGAGGAUCCAGGUAAUAUCUGGAUCUCCAGGUAACAUCUGGAGGAUCCAGGUAAUAUCUGGAUCACCAGCUGAAAAGAAGACCAAAACAGUGAAAGAAGAAGAAGAAGAUGAUGAUGAAGAGGAGGAAGGAGCAGCGGUAGCAGAUGAAGAUGGAGAACAGUCUUCUGAUGAACACGAGGGAGCCUCAGAUGAGGAGGAAGAGGAGGAUCAACCUGAACUACCGUCUGGUUUAACAGGAGCAUUCGAGGACACAUCCUUUGCCUCUCUUGCUGAGCUGGUGAGCGAGCACACGCUGAAAGCAGUGAAGGAGAUGGGCUUCGAACACAUGACUGAGAUCCAGCACAAAAGUAUUCGCCCCCUGCUGGAGGGGAGGGAUGUUCUGGCUGCUGCCAAGACAGGUAGCGGUAAAACCUUGGCCUUCCUCAUCCCGUCUAUAGAGCUCAUCUACAAACUCAAGUUCAUGCCCAGGAACGGAACCGGUGUAGUGAUCCUUUCACCCACACGCGAGUUGGCAAUGCAGACGUACGGUGUGCUGAAGGAGCUGAUGGCGCACCACGUGCACACCUUUGGCCUGAUUAUGGGGGGCAGCAACCGCUCAGCUGAGGCCCAAAGACUGGCCAACGGCGUCAACAUCCUGGUGGCCACUCCUGGCCGUCUGCUGGACCACCUCCAGAAUACUACUGGAUUCAUGUACAAGAACCUACAGUGUCUGAUUAUUGACGAGGCCGAUCGUAUCUUAGAGGUGGGCUUCGAGGAGGAACUGAAGCAGAUCAUCAAACUGCUGCCGAAGAAGAGACAGACCAUGCUGUUUUCAGCCACUCAGACCCGUAAGGUGGAGGACUUGGCUCGUAUCUCCCUGAAGAGAGAGCCCCUCUAUGUCGGCGUGGAUGACAACAAAGACAACGCCACUGUAGAUGGCCUGGAGCAGGGUUAUGUAGUAUGCCCGUCAGAGAAGCGCUUCCUGCUGCUCUUCACGUUCCUGAAGAAGAACCGCAAGAAGAAGUUGAUGGUCUUCUUCUCUUCCUGUAUGUCUGUGAAAUUCCACUAUGAACUACUCAACUACAUCGACCUGCCUGUCAUGGCCAUCCACGGCAAGCAGAAGCAGACCAAACGUACCACCACCUUCUUCCAGUUCUGCAACGCGGACUCUGGCAUCCUGCUGUGUACUGACGUGGCAGCUCGAGGGCUGGACAUCCCUGAGGUGGACUGGAUCGUCCAGUACGACCCCCCAGAUGACCCAAAGGAGUACAUCCACAGGGUGGGCAGGACAGCCAGAGGCAUCAAUGGCAGAGGGCACGCGCUCCUGAUCCUCCGACCGGAAGAGCUCGGCUUCCUCCGCUUCCUGAAACAGGCAAAGGUCCCGUUGAGCGAGUUUGACUUUUCUUGGAGUAAAAUCUCCGAUAUCCAGUCCCAGAUGGAGAAGCUGAUUGAGAAGAACUACUAUCUCCACAAGUCAGCCCAAGAGGCCUACAAGUCCUACGUCAGAGCCUACGACUCCCACUCGCUCAAACAGAUCUACAGCGUCAACACCCUCAACCUCCCCAUGGUGGCGCAGUCCUUCGGCUUCAAAGUCCCCCCCUAUGUUGAUCUGAACGUCCACAGCGGUAGAGGUGUGAAGAUACAGAAGCGAGGCGGUGGAGGCGGUUUUGGAUACCAGAAGUCCAACAAGGUGCAAAAAUCCAAAUUCUUCAAGCACGUCAACAAAGGAAAGGGUGACAAGAGGCAGUUCUCCCGCUGAAGCCCUUCAAAGGAACUAAAUCCUGGACUGAUUCCUCUCCUGUGUAUUUGAAGAACUGGCCCCAAUUUUUUUUUUUUUUUUUUUUUAUUACAUGAACUUCCUGCUUUGGACCGGGUGCCAUGUUGUGUUUAGGGACCACACGUCCCUCAGACAUUAUCUACACCCCAUUUUCCUCCUACGAGUUAUGUAAAGGUAUUUUGUAAAUGUAAACAUUGUGGGUGCUGAAGGAUUCCUCGUGUGGACGUCCUGUUCAACACAACUUUUCUAACAUUUCUUCCUUCCUCCUGACUGGUAAUAUUAAAUCUCUAUUGACUUAAAAACAUCGUUUGCUUCAUCAAUAAUUAUGUAGACAUUUCUAAUUACAAAGAAUGUACUCAAUUUUAUUAUUCAAGUCAGGUUUUUGCAUUUAUUACAGCAUCUAUACAUUCCUACAGAGCUGAAGGAUUCUUGCUAAACAUCUUGUCAACAAAUCGGAGGAAAAAAUUGUCAGAUAACAUAAACUGUCUUGGAGAUAGACUCUGGGAUAAUUACACAUUACAAAGAUGAACAAACCUUUAUCAGUCACCAGGAAUUAAUACAGUACCCACAUGUUCCCUUUUCAAAUGAUUAAAAACCUAAAAAAGCUUUCACUAAAUGUAACUUAAUCUUAAUGUUAUCUUCAUUGUGAAUUAAAGUUAGCUUCCAUA